UAACGUCAAUUUUACCGCCAAAAGGUUGUUGUAGUUCGGUUAAUAAACUUUUUACUCUUUCGAAGUUCUCACUGAUUUCUAUUUUUACUGUUAAUUUAUGUCUUUUGUUAACAAUUUCUAAUCUUUCUUUAACUUUUUAACCCACACAACACAACACAUUUAAUUAGCAAUGUCUCGACGGCUUGAUGAUGAAUCUCCCGCCCCAACUCCACGCUCUAAUAUGUCAUCUCCUGCUCAAGAUUUGGAGCCUUUCGAAGAUGAGGGGCUCCUGGGUGAUAUUGAUGGUAAUAUGGAAGAAGACGAAGAAGGAGAGGAGCUGUUUGGAGACAAUAUGGAAAACGACUACCGUGCUAUGCCUCACUUAGACAGAUAUGAUGAACGUCUUUUGGAUGAAGACGAUUACGAUGCAAUGUCCAUUGAGGACAGAUUGGCAGCAGAAGCGGAACUUAGGCAAAGAGAUAGAGAGAUGGGGAUCCUCAGGAGGGACGAUCGAGAGUUAUUAUAUGAUAGGGAGGACGAGGAGGAUCCGAGGAACAAAAGACGCAGGGCUGAAAAAGCUGCUGCUGGUGAAAUGGAUGAUCAGGAAAUGAUUGAAUCUAUUGAAAACCUUGAAGAUACAAAAGGCUACUCCAUAAAAGACUGGGUUGUCAUGAUGGGUCCUAGGACAGAAAUCGCUAAUCGUUUUAAAAACUUUUUAAGAACUUACGUUAAUAGUAAAGGCCAAUAUAUUUAUAAAGAAAAAAUUAGGAGAAUGUGUGAGCACAAUCAGUCAAGUUUCACAGUUGAAUUUCCAAAUUUAGCCAAUAAAGAGCAUGUAUUGGCCUAUUUUUUACCAGAAGCACCCUUUCAAAUGUUGGAAAUCUUUGAUGAGGUGGCCAAAGAUAUUGUUUUGUCUAUGUACCCCAGUUAUGACAGGGUAACCAAUGAGAUUCACAUAAGGAUAUCAGAUUUGCCCCUUAUUGAAGAGCUUAGAACUUUUAGAAAAUUGCAUGUGAAUCAAUUAGUAAGGACUCUGGGAGUGGUAACGGCAACCACGGGGGUUUUACCGCAAUUAUCUCUGGUUAAAUUCGAUUGUAUGUCUUGUGGUUUUGUUUUGGGACCUUUCCAACAGACUCAAGAUAUGGAAGUUCAACCUAAGACGUGUCCCGAGUGUCAAAGUGGCGGACCAUUUUCGAUCAACAUGGAACAAACAGUAUACCGUAACUACCAAAAAAUCACCCUACAAGAAUCUCCGGGACGUAUCCCCGCCGGUCGGGUACCCCGCUCAAAAGACUGCGUCCUAUUGGCCGACCUGUGCGACAGAUGCAAACCGGGCGACGAGGUCGACAUCACCGGCAUCUACACCAACAGCUACGACGGCUCGUUGAACGUCGACAACGGUUUCCCCGUCUUCUCGACGGUCAUAUUCGCCAACCAUCUGGUGGUGAAGGAUUGCAAACAGAUCGUGCAAUCCCUGACCGAUGACGAUAUCAGCGCCAUCAUCAAGAUGAGUAAGGAUUACAGGAUCGCCGAUAGGAUUAUCGCGUCUAUCGCGCCCUCAAUUUACGCACAUGAUUAUAUAAAGAGGGCGCUGGCGUUGAGUUUGUUUGGGGGAGAACCUAAGAAUCCUGGACACAAACACAAAGUAAGAGGCGACAUAAACGUUCUGAUAUGCGGCGACCCGGGCACGGCCAAAUCGCAAUUUUUAAAGUUCGUUGAAAAAAUCGCUCCCCGGGCCGUUUUCACGACCGGUCAAGGGGCGAGUGCUGUCGGUUUAACUGCUUACGUUCGAAGAAACCCCGUGUCCAAAGAAUGGACCCUAGAAGCGGGUGCUUUGGUGUUAGCCGAUCAAGGAGUGUGUCUGAUUGACGAGUUUGAUAAAAUGAACGACCAAGAUAGAACCUCGAUCCACGAAGCCAUGGAACAACAAUCGAUUUCCAUAUCGAAGGCGGGCAUCGUCACGAGUCUUCAAGCCAGGUGUUCCGUUGUGGCCGCGGCCAAUCCUAUUGGAGGAAGAUACGAUGCCAGUAUGACGUUUACGGAAAAUGUUAAUUUAUCAGAUCCGAUUUUAUCCAGAUUCGAUAUUUUAUGCGUGGUGCGGGAUGAAAUCGAUCCAAUUCAAGAUCAGCAUCUUGCCAGGUUCGUUGUAAACUCUCAUAUACGACACCAUCCGUCCAAAAAAGACUCGGCGGAAGAAGUGGCCGAACCGCAAAACGACAUGCAAGUCCCCCAAGAAAUGUUAAAGAAAUAUUUGGUCUACGCCCGAGAAAAUAUACAUCCUAAGUUGCAAAACAUGGAUCAGGAUAAAGUGGCCAAAAUAUACAGCCAAUUGAGGCAAGAAUCUUUGGCAACUGGCAGUUUACCAAUCACAGUUCGUCACAUCGAAAGUUUAAUUCGUAUGAGCGAGGCCCAUGCUCGGAUGCACUUAAGAGAGUACGUGCAAGAAGAAGACGUCAAUAUGGCCGUUAGGAUGAUGCUGGAAAGCUUCGUGGAAACGCAGAAAUAUAGCGUUAUGAAAUCUAUGAAACAAGUGUUUAGGAAGUACUUGUCGUUCAAAAAGGAUCACAGUGAGCUGCUGUUCUACAUACUGAGGCAACUCGCUCAGGAUCAGCUCACAUUCCAGAAGGCGACUAACGAAAUGGAAGCUAUGACAAUCGAAAUCGAUGAAAAGGAUCUUAUGGAUAAGGCGAAACAAAUCGACAUCCAUGACCUAAAGCCAUUUUACCAAAGCAAAGUGUUCGAAAGCAACCACUUUGUGUACGAUGCAAAAAGAAAGGUAAUAAUCCAUACUGUUCCAGAACUAAUGGCCGAAGAUUAGAACAAGAUUUAUUUUCCCAUUCAUCAAAUCACAUCAAAUUACUCAAUGUUGCAGGCUGAUGACUUUUUCGGCAUCACAUGUUACAAUUGUAUACAUUUCUUUGUUAAAUUUAUUAAAUGAUACCACCGUAAGUUAAUUUAUACAGUUUAUUUUUUUAUAUAAAAUAACGUUUUUUAUAAAAACAAUUAACUAAAUAAACGUACAUUUUUUUAAAUAAAA